GAAGGCGCUCUGGCCGCGGGGAGGGGAAACUCUAUGGGGGACGCAGCCAGCCCCCUCCGGCCCCCAUGAAGCUGCGGGACGUCCCCUCGUCCUGCCCAUCUCUGUGGCGCUCCCUGCCCUGCCCGCCGGCCGAGCUGCGUUUGGACCUGGUACUGUCAUCGGGACAGACCUUCCGGUGGUGGGAGAGCAGCCCGGGGGCCUGGACAGGCGUGCUGGGGGAGCGCGUCUGGACACUGCGGCAGGACCGGGACCGGCUCUGGUACACGGUGUACGGCGAGGAGGAGGAGGAGGAGGAGGAUGGGCGUCCCGCCAAGGCAGCAAAGCUAGACGGUGCUGAGACAGACCAGAUCCUACACGACUACUUCCAGCUGGACGUGGAGCUGCCGGCCCUGUACCGCGCCUGGGGGGCAGCUGACCCCCUCUUCCGCAAAGUGGCCAGCGACUUCCCAGGGGUGCGGGUACUGCGGCAGGACCCCGUCGAGUGCCUCCUCUCCUUCAUCUGCACCUCCAACAACCACAUCUCCCGCAUCACCGCCAUGAUCGAGCGCCUCUGCUCUGCCUUUGGCCGCCGCCUCUGCCACCUCGACAACCGGCUCCAUGCCUUCCCCCCACUCUCUGCACUCGCAGGAGCUGAUGCUGAGGCCCAGCUGCGGGCACUGGGCUUUGGCUACCGGGCCAAGUUUGUCAGCGGCAGCGCACGGGCCAUCGCUGAGGGGCUGGGUGCCGAGGGGCUGUGCCGGCUGCGCUCCGUGCCCUACGCUGAGGCUAGGCGGGUGCUGUGCACUCUGCCCGGUGUGGGCACCAAGGUGGCCGACUGCGUCUGCCUGAUGGCGCUGGACAAGGCAGAGGCGGUGCCGGUGGACACCCAUGUCUGGCGCAUUGCACGGCAGCGCUACGGCGCAGUGCUGGGCGGCAAGAGCCUGACCCCCCGAGCCCACCAGGAGAUUGGUGAUUUCUUCCGGGGUCUGUGGGGUUCCCGCGCUGGCUGGGCACAGGCGGUCCUCUUCUGCGCUGAUCUCCGCAAGGGCCAGGAGCUGGCCAGCAGCCGGGAUGGGGCCCCAGGGGACCGAAGCCAGGACAGCCAUGGGGAUGGGCCCCCCUAGGAACACCCCGGAAGGAAAGAGCCCCCCAGGGAAGUAACUGGAGGGGCAUCACUGCGAGCCAGGGACACACAGGGCUGUAGGCAGCUGCUCGUCCCCUGCCCACUGUGUGCUAGGGGGUAACUGUGUGUGUAGGGCUGUGUGUCCAUCCCUACCCAGGGCAGAGCUGAGCCAAGCGACAUUGGCCUCUUGUCUUUAUUACAAGCAAUAAAAUAGAAACAUCCACUUGGAAAA